AUGGCGAACCCUCUCAGAGCCUUCGGCUGCUUUUUCUUUUUCUCCCUGCUCUUCUCUUCUUUCUCAACCUUCUCUCUUGCCUUAACUGAUGCUGAAGCAUCUUAUAUUGCUCGUCGCCAGCUCUUGACGUUAAAUGAAAAUAGUGAGCUUCCUCAUGAAUUUGAGUAUGAGGUCGAUGUGAAAAUAACCUUUGCAAACCAAAGGCUGAGGAGAGCGUAUAUUGGUCUUCAGGCCUGGAAAAAGGCAAUAUACUCCGACCCAUUUAACACUACUGGCAAUUGGGUUGGCGCCAAUGUGUGUGCCUAUAAUGGUGUGUUUUGUGCACCAGCUCUAGACGACCCCAGUCUGAGCGUUGUGGCAGGUGUGGAUCUUAACGGUGCUGACAUUGCUGGGCACCUUCCAGCUGAAUUAGGGCUUAUGACAGAUGUUGCAUUAUUCCACAUUAACUCUAACAGGUUUUGUGGUAUCAUUCCCGAGAGCUUUUCCAAGCUCACACUCAUGUAUGAGUUUGAUGUCAGCAACAACCGCUUUGUUGGUGAUUUCCCUUCUGUUGUUCUCUCCUGGCCAAGCCUCAAGUAUCUUGACAUCAGAUUCAACGAUUUCGAAGGUAGUUUGCCUCCAGAACUCUUCAACAAGGAACUCGAUGCUUUGUUCUUGAAUGACAACCGAUUCACAUCCACCAUCCCGGAGACAAUAGGCAACUCCGCAGUUUCUGUUGUCACAUUUGCUAACAACAAAUUCACCGGCUGCAUUCCACACAGCGUCGGCAAGAUGGCCAACUUGAACGAGGUCAUCUUUAUGGGCAAUGACCUUGGUGGUUGCUUCCCAGCAGAAAUUGGGCUGCUUGGUAAUGUGACUGUCUUUGAUGCCAGCCACAAUGGGUUCACAGGAAUCUUGCCGCCCAGCUUUGCAGGCCUAAAGAAGGUUGAACUCUUGGAUCUUGCCGACAACAAGCUGACAGGAUUUGUGCCUGAGAACAUUUGCAAGUUGCCAAGCUUGACAAACUUCACAUUCUCGUAUAACUACUUCAAGGGGGAGGCUCAAGCUUGCGUGCCUCCAUCAAGGAAAGACAUUGUGUUGGAUGAUACCAGCAAUUGCCUGUCUGACAGGCCAAAGCAAAAGUCAGCCAGGACAUGUUAUCCAGUGGUGAGCCGACCUGUGGAUUGCAGCAAGGACAAGUGUGCUGGAGGAGGAGGUUCUUCAAACCCUCAUCCAAAGCCCCAACCCACACCACCUACUUCAAAACAUGAACCAACUCCAUCUCCUCCCAAAUCUACUUCUACACCAACGCCACCAUCAGCACGGGUCCCCACCCCUCAAACAGCAGAAUCACCAAAACCAGAACAUGAGUUGCCACAAACUCGGGUUAAACCUAUUAGGCCAUCGACUCCAAAGAUACCCUUACCGUUAUCUCCAUCAAUCAAUUCAUCUGCCCCAUCAUCUGAUCCAUAUAAUCCAGGAUCUGGUGGUCAUGACGAGACACCAUUAUCACCAAAUUCUACACCAUCACCUGAUCCAUUUGAUAGCUCACCCAUUGGCCACCACAAUACACCACCAUCACUCUCUAUUAGUCCAUCAACAUCAAAGAUACCUGUAUCACCAUCACCAAAGUCUGCACCAUCACCUGAUGAUGAAUAUAAUCCAGGAGCUGGUGGACAUGGCAAGACACCAUCAUCAAAGUCAAAGUCUGCAUCAUCCCCUGAUGAUGAAUAUAAUCCAGGAGCUGGUGGACAUGGCGAGACACCAUCAUCACCAUCACCAACCUCCUUACUAAAACCCGAGGCACCAAAAACAUCACCACAACCAAAAAUACCAGUUAUAAACCCUCACUCUCCAUCACCAUCCCCACCACUUGUGCACUCAACCCCACCACCUGUCCAAUCACCCCCACCACCAGUUCAUUCUCCCCCACCACCUGUCCAUUCACCAACACCACCACCAAUCCGCUCUCCACCACCACCCGUCCAAUCACCCCCACCAGUACACUCUCCACCACCACCCGUCCAGUCACCACCACCACCAGUACACUCUCCACCACCACCCGUCCAGUCACCACCACCACCAGUACACUCUCCACCACCACCCGUCCAGUCACCACCACCACCACCAAUACACUCUCCACCACCACCAGUACACUCUCCACCACCACCCUCACCACCACCACCAGUGCACUCUCCACCACCACCUGUCCAGUCACCUCCACCACCAGUGCACUCUCCACCACCACCCGUGCACUCACCACCACCACCUGUCCAGUCUCCACCACCACCCGUGCACUCACCACCACCACCUGUCCAGUCACCCCCUCCACCCGUACACUCACCACCACCUGUCCAGUCACCCCCUCCACCAGUCCAGUCCUCCCCUCCACCACCAGUACACUCACCUCCUCCACCAGUCCAGUCCCCCCCUCCACCACCAGUACACUCACCUCCUCCACCAGUACACUCUCGACCACCACAUGUUAAGUCACCACCACCACCACCACCACGACUAGUUAAAUCAUCUCCACUUCCAAUUUUCUCUCCACCACCACCAACUGUAUCUCCUCAUCCUCCUCAUGCUUUUCCUCCACCACCCCCAAAUGAAGAUAUAGUCCUUCCACCAAACCUCGGAUUCCAAUACGCAUCGCCACCUCCACCAAUGUUCCCAGGCUACUAG